UAGAUAUUACCUAACAAUCGAACUUAAAUUAUGGAUGAGGAAACUUGGUUUUCCUUCUGCGAUGAUAGCGUGCCACAUGCUGGUGCUAUGGAGCAAUUGGAAUAUCAUGCCUCAUUGAAUGCAGUACUGGGAAUUACAAAAGAAAAUACGAUAAAAAUUUUCGAUGAAAAUUCUGGUGUUACUCUACAACAAGUAAUUCAUGGUACAAAACCGAAAAAGAGAUUGAAAUGUUGCUACCAUAAAUCAAAACGAAGCGUUGCAAUAACUGACAGUCAAUCGGUUGGAUACCGGUUUGAUAAUAACGGAAUUCUUCUCAUCAACACCGCUCUUCAAACUCCUGUUUCUGCAAAUACAGAUGCAGUGAUUCUUGAACUACCAAUUUCUGAUGCUCGGCUGCUGACCAAUUUCAUUCAAGAUAGUGAUUUUACAUCCUCGGCACAAGAUGGUGGCAAUCAGAAACCCAAGAUUGAAGGAUCAGAUGUUGACGCAGUGGAGGAAUUGCUCAGUAUUUUGGUUAAAGAAAUCAGUAAUACAGAUGAGAGAGAUAAGAUGACUCUUUCUGGCAAAUGGACAACAGUGAAGAUAUCUCUUCCCUACUCUACUCUCAAAUCAGCUUGCCAAACACUGUUUAUUCCACACCAGAGACGGGUGCAAUCGAUAGAGAAACGAUCCAUGGUUCCAGGAUAUCAUGAAUCAUCUCAUUCUUCUUACGGAUUACCGAUCGUAUCUUCUAUGCUGCAUCAACUGGUUCUGCUAAACCCAUCAGAUAAUCCAGGAUGCCAUGGACCUGUCAUUAGGAUGCCAUCUCGUGAGCUGAUGUAUGCAGAAUUAACAAGAAGAGCUACGUUCACAGAAUGGCCACAUUCAAAAUACAAAUAUGCUCUCCCACAUGCGAUGGCAGAGGCAGGCUUCUAUCACCAACCAGCAGCGGCAGGAGACGACAGAGCGAUGUGCUUUGCUUGCAAUGUUUGUCUUGUCUGUUGGGAACCAUCUGAUGAACCAUGGUCUGAACACGAACGCCAUUCACCAUCCUGUCCGUUUGUGUGUUGUGAACCGACAGUUAACGUACCGAUCUCUGUAAGUUAUGCUACACAACCUGCAUUGCCAAACCCUUUCACAAACCUGGAGGGGUCAGAGGUCAACAUAGCAGGGUCAGAGGGCAGGUCAAAGGUUAUUCCCACAUUGGAUUUUAUCACUGCUGGUGAGAACUCAAAUAUCAUUGCAGCUGCUUCACGAGAUGGAUAUCUGGCAACAUGGGAUGUCAGUGAUAUGAUGCCCGAGCUUCAAAGCAUCUCAUCAGUUUGCAAAUCAAGCGUCUUUUUCUCUCUACGACGACGACUCAAGCACGAGAACUUUCCAAAUGCUGAAAGCUUUGUUUCAGCAAACUAUUCCAUGUCCAACCUCAAGGUUACAAGUCUUCAUAUACUCGACAAGUUAGCCCCAGAACCAGAAAUUGAAUCGUGUGACCCGGAACAAUAUCUAAUCACCACGGCAACGGAGGAAAAUGAGGAGUUUAAAAAAAGUUACGAAAAAUCAGAAAUGAAAGUGACGUCAAGCGCAAUUUCACCCAUAAUUGUGAAAACCCCCUCUAUCGUAGUGGGGGUAACGAUUGAGUUGAUCCCGCGACCCUUUAGGGGGAGUAGCGUUCAUAACUUGAGUAAAACUAAAAUUGGGAGUAGGACAAAGAGCCCUAGUAAAGCUCCCAAAAUAUCUGCUGAAGAGAGGAAAUCCCCUAACAUCGAUACAAACAUCACACCUAGCGUAGAACACCCAACCCCAAUGACAAAUAAUCCCAGCAAUGCCACAGAUGAAUCAUCUAAUGCCACAAACACUUCUUCCGAAGUCAUAAAUAAUAAUAAUGUCAUGAAUGUGCCCCCAGGUGCCACAGAAAAUUUCUCAAAUGCCAUGGAUGUCCUAGAACCGGCUUCAACUGGUCCUAUCGAAAAUCUUGGUAAUCCAGUAAUCGUGGAAUUGCCAACCCAAAGCAUAGAUGCUGAUAAAAAAUCUGAGGUCCCCCCACUUGCAGAGAAAUAUGACGAUUGUUCAGAGGAACAAAGUUAUAUAUCUUCUAGUGGAAGGGGAAGUCCCAGAAAAGAAUUCCCUCCUGCUUUGGAAUCUCAUAAAUUCUCUCUCCUGCUUUUUCUGAGGACUGAAGACAAUAAAGAUUUAAAAAGCACCUUGGGGUCCAAAUCUCAAAAGCAGCAACUAUCAAUGUCCAAGACCACGCUUUUCCAACCCCAGCCAAUGGAAGGAGUGGAAAUAUAUCCGCCUCCUGAUGCUCCGAUGACCAAUGGAGUGGGGUCUGUCUCUAUCCCACAGAGUUUUCAAAUGGCGAACAAACAAAUGAUGCCCCUCAUGGAACUUGCAAUGCAACAACAACAGGCGUCUGAUAUCUCGGUUCCUCCAGUCCAGAUGAAUUUACAGAACAUGCCUCCAUACCUUCCUCAGACUGCUGAAGAAUUUGAAGAAUAUGCCCAAGACGUUCUCACUGAGAUUUUCCCCGAUGAAAUGGCUGAAAUGGAGAACGAACUCAAUAAUCCACACGGUGGAUUGAUGGUUGAUGAGAAUGCCAAUAUUACACUCCCCGAUGAAGAAGAAGAUGCUGCCUCUAGUGGCAUAAAAAAAAAAUGCCUGCCAGCGACUAUACUACAACUAGUCUUGAUUGACCAUUGUGCAAAACCUGAGAAAUCUGAUUCAAAAAAGCAAAUUCAAGUUAUCAACAAUAUACUAACCACAGAGGAUGGGUGCAAGAUGAUUGUUGGGACUUGCCCAGAAGAUUGUUUCAAGAGUGACAUUGGCACGCCUCAAGAGAACCAACCAAUCAAAGUUGAUGAUGUUGAUUCAGAAAAUAUGCCUGGCCUUGAUCAACCAAUCGAAAUGCAGGAUGAAGCCACACCCACAAUUCAACAACCAAUCAAAACCGAUGGGGAGGAUUUGGAUAACUCUCAAUCAAUUAAUGCAGAGAAAAAUUUAAGAAUGGACGACGCCCCAACCACACCUCAGAAUCAACCAAUUGGAGUUCAAAUCAUGACCACACCUAAAGCUGAUCAACCAAUCAUUGCCCAAGCUUUUUCCACGCCCAAUGUGGAUCAGCCAAUGAAAAUUCAAGAAGAUACAAAAAUGGAAACUGACGGAAACGAGGAAAUAUCUUGUCAAAGUCGAGGGAAAUUGUUCGUUUUUAAGAUUGAACCUUCAAGCAAUGUGAGUUGUGUUUCACCGAAAGAGAUUUCUUCUGUCGAUAAAGAUAAAUCAUGGAUCUACUCUCGGAUCUACGACCAACUAAUGAUUCUACCGUCUGACUUUAAUCAAUCCUCAUAUGAGGAUGAGGAUGUGGAUAGCAUGGAAGGAGAAGAGGAUGAACAAUCAAUGAAAGAGAAUAAGGAGGAGCAAGAAGGGGAAAAGAGUGAUGGGAGUGGGAGUCCUACUCCACCUGGAUCACUGUUUAUCCUGGGAUUGACAAGAGAUGGUGAAAUUAAUGUUAUGAAUCUGGCAACCCUGGAAGUUGUUUUUAAGACUAAUCCAACAGAGAUAUUUGCAAUGACUCCAAUCAACUCUCCUGAAACAGUGCAAGAAGUUAUAUCGACUACUGAUGUGGAACCAGAAAAGCAGAGCUCGAAAACUUCAACAAUUUUAUCUGAUCCAGAGAAAUUCACUGCUAUUACUUAUUGCUCUGGUACCGAAAGACUUUGUGCUUCUACUGACACUGGGAAGCUUGUGUUUUUGAAGAUUGGGAAGCAUUCUCCCAGCAUCACUAAGCCAGCUAUUGAAGGUUCAUCUCAGCCUUCAACUGCACCUGGAACUUCAACUGCCCAGGCCUCUGACCAAGUAGAUGGGCCGUCCACUACCGAGACCAAAAAAACUAAACUCACUCCAGCAAUGUUGAUUGUCAAUCACCCUCUGACUACAGAGAACCUGAAGAAUCUUGUUCAUCUUACGAAGUUUGAACCAAUGCGUCCCAGAUUCACAGCGAAUGCCCCAGUAUGCUGGACAGAGGUUCCUUUUAGCCCCAACCUGGGUUCUGGGGCUGCCAGUCAGACUGGACCAUACUACACAGUCCCACAACCUGAGAAGGCGGGGUACAGAAGGCAAGGCGUGGCCCAAAUGUCAACUGCUCAACAACAGCCUUAUAGAAGACAUUUACGACAUGCUAAUGAGCAUUACCCUCCUGAUGCUGUAUCAUAUACAAGGGCUUGGAGACUUCAACCUGAUUGUCUCAGUUGGAGUGAACAUCUAUUCGAGCUAGUCUUCCCAAGACCAACCAACAUCAGCCAUAUUGAUCUUAAGUUUGUUCUCUCAAGAAAAUUAAAGCCAGGAUCUGACAUACAGAUAACACUUCUGAAGCACCCUGGACUUACCACCAGUAAGAAUGAGAUUCUAAGAAACGAACAGCGAAGAAAAUGGCGCCACCAUUCAAAAGUCUCGGCCACGGGGUCCAAGAAAGAUGGAAAGUCGAGAUUUGCUGCCAUUGCUGAUGAAAGAUUUCCUAAAGUUAUGCAUCUGCUCACAAUGAAUUUUGUUGACAAUUUAAUGGAAUCAGACAUUGAAAACCCAAUUUUACUUGUGGUUUUUGAGCGAAAAACAUCGGAAUCUAUGGCAAAAGAAUGGGUCAUGAUGGAUGGGAGCAGAAAGACAAUCAUUGCCAUGUGCAAAAAAUGUUUCACAGGCAUAAAGGUGGGGGAUUUGGUCGUUGUCAAUGGUUACAUGAGAGUUUGUGUUGGGACGAGUAGUGUGAGAAUUAUUGUCGGUGCCUUGAAAAUAUGCACAGAAGAGGAGAUUUCUUCAUUGUCGGCUGAUGAACUCAAGUCUUUAGAAGAAGAUGUGUACUGGUCCAGAACAACCAGUGGUGAGGAACCAAUCAGCAACGAUACUGACAAUGAUCCACCAAGUGAUGGCGCUACAGGGCAGUCCGAAGAAAAGGGCAUUGAAGAGCCUUCUGCAGAAGACCCUGAUCAAGAUGAUGAUGUCAUAGAAGAUAACAGUCAUGCUUCAAUGAAUGAGUCCCCGCCUUCUUUGAUUGACAUGUCAGGAACUGAAGAACAUGAUGAGAGCAUGAACCAAGAUGGUUCUUCCGUCCUCUUUGGACCAGUCAACCUAUCAGACUACACAGAUGCGAGCGGCAUUGGUGGCGUGGUUACGAUUGCAAGUCGUUUUAUUAUUAAAGAACCGAGGCAUAGAGCUGUUUUAGUGCAAAUCCAGGAUGCAAGCAGUGCAAAGCUAGUGAAAAUAGGAUCUCUCUCUGAUGAAUGGAGAAAAAGAGGUUGCAAUCGUUUGCAGGAGAUUUCUAUCACUGUAAAUAAGUCUCAGAGAACGAAUAUUGCUCAUGAAAGGACUCAAAGAUUCAGUCUUAUGUGUUCCCGAUCACUUCAUAAAAAACUUUUGAACGGCCUCUGCGAACAGGAAACUAACAGCGCCCCAAGUGGCGAAAUAUUCGUUGCGGAAUCUUUGCCACAAAAAGUCGUCGCACUCGACAUUUUGAAUUGGGUUGGAGCAUUGGAAACGGCAAAUCCAAAUGAACGAAAGAAAAACAGUAGUGGCUCAGACAACUCUUCAAGAGUUGUUGCGAAUACAAGAUCUCUAGCGCCCUCAGAAACUUUGGCAUGGCUUUUAUGCUUUUUUGACGGCAAAAUCAAGAAAUCUUCGAGACAUAGUAAAACUUUGGAUGCUACCCUUGGGGAGGACAACCCGAAAAAAGUUGAUGAAAAAAAUGAAAAAUCAACGAAAAUUGUCGACGGCGUCUACACGCUGAAAAAAUUCCUGAUAUCGUGUUUCUUAUAUUCCGGAAGAGAUGUUUCUGUACGAGCUCUGCGUCUUAUCUUCAAUACAGUGUUAUGCGUUGAUGUUAGCGGUCCAAAUUCUCUCUCAAAGUCUGAAAUUAUUUCCGGAGUUGAAAUUCUAAGUAAAGCUGUCUUAGAAUGCUUGGAAAUGGCAUUAGAACGAAAAGUUGAAUCUGCUCAUGGACUAUAUUGCUUGUUUCAAAUUUUGAGCGUUGUCAUAGCAACUGAGGUUCAAAAGGGCAAAGGUCAGAGUUCAUUGCUUAUAGAAUUGUUGGAAAAAUGUGUUUCCGUGCUUGCGAAGUCUUCAACUUUAAUGAGAGAGAGCAUCCACCCUUUGCAUGUUUUGCUGCGAGCGUCGCAUGGGUUAUAUGGAACGCCCUUUGACCCUGAACGUUUUACUGUUGAAUUCGUAGGCGGUUCACACAGGAAUCUUACACCACCUAGUGGUUCCACUCCAAUGGCUGUGACAGAACACGCAACGAAACAACAAUCAUGGGAGAAAUAUUUUAGCAGCGAGGAGUUGAACAUGCAAGACCUAGUUACGCCGCGAAGUCUCGGCAUUCGACGUGGACUCGCAAUCGGAGACCUGAUUGACGGAUUAUCUUUAUCUCGAUUUGGACUCUUGGAUUGCCAGCCGCUGCAUUUUACGUGUGUCGAGUCAAGCGAAGGGUGUUCUGUCGGAUUUGACACUGAAAACGACCUGGAAAGUUCUGUUCCGAAUAUUACAGUCGCAAAUGAUAUUGUUGCGUCCAGCGCAAGCCCUGCCUUGGGCCCCAACCAACAUCCCAAUUUAUAUACAGAUGCCAUAAAUGACAUCCUGCAUUGGUAUUCCUCACCGGAACAAAGAACUGAAAAGCUGAAACUGUUGGCAGAAAAAGGUUAUUGCGAACUUCCCAAAACCUAUGUGAAAAAAAUGCAACAAGAUUCUGCACCGAAAAGAAGUUUACCCAUAUUCAUGGAAGCGUCAGAAAAUUUACCAAUCGAUGCUGAGUUGAAGAGUACAUCAGUGGAACAAAAAGUGUCGAUGAAUAUCGUCAUCCCCAAUAUGAGUUUCAGUUUACCGCCAACUAGUGUAUUGACGGUGUCUCGAAUGCACUCAGGUGCUCGCCGAAGCGUCGUGUUGGAUUUUGGUCAAAUUGUAGAACUAACAGACGUUCAUAUACCAUCAUGUCCGGAUAUAUCCUCUCUGGUUCUUGAGGGUACGAAAGACGCGACGCUGAACAAAGCUGUUUUCACUCACGUUGGGGUUACGUUAGAUAUUUGUGACCACGAUUUCGUCUUGAGCAAUCUAGCACCUCCAGUGUUGUGUCGUUACGUGAGAAUAACCGUGAUUGGAAGAUAUGGAACCACAAACGCACAGACUUGUGUGAGUCUAGGUCGUUUCUAUGGCCGCCCCGCUUGCGUCGGAUACCGGAAAAAUCAUUUGAACUUUGACCCUCAGACUGCUGUUCCCUCACCCCCCAAAAAGAGCAUGAAAGAUUCUUUGGAAGAGACUUCCACUCAACAAGACGAGCAUCCUAUUCUACUUGAUUUAUUGGAUGUCAGUGAUUCGAUCGCAGGAAAGUCCGCAGUUCAAAGGUCGAUAGGUUAUCUGAGGUCAUAUCAAGAUGACAUUGAGUGCCGAUAUAGUCUCGCAUGUAACCAGUUGCGAACAUUCUUAUCUGCUACACAUUCUGGAAAAAGUGCUGACUCAUCAAAAUUUUCAGAUCUUUUCAUGGAAAACUUCCCUUUUAAUACCCAAUCAAAAUUCGGCAAAGGAGGACAAAUGAAAAAACUCACAACAGCAUACAAAAAGUGCAGUCGUCUACAAGUCCAAAUGAACAGAGUCUCUCAUGCAAUACGCUACAUGGAAUCUUUACUAGGGGGCACUGAAGAGCCAAAUAUGGGCCUGAACGUACCCCACUUUGAUCUACCAACCGCAAGGCCACCCAGCUUUACCCAAUUACAAACUUUUUGUGAGUUGAUGCUGAACACGAUGCUUUCUGUACCCCACGGUGUCUAUUUCAAACCAAAUUUGGAACAAGAAUUAGAAAACGGACAUUCUGCUCUCAUUAGCCCUUCAUUAUGUGCAACAUUUUUUCAAAAUUUAAUCUGUACUGGAAAUCCUAGACUCAAGGUGCAAGCCAAUUGCCUUCUUCUGUCAUACUCAUCACCAUUUCCAUGGUGGGGCGAUUUUAUCGCUGAAACUUUGGUAAAAACUUUGGCGACACGAACAUCGGAUGCAAAACAUUCUUCAAAAGAUUAUAUGUUCUCUAUUUUGCUUGUACUCGGCCAGCGCUCGCUUGCAACGUCUCAGAAAGCUGAAAAUUUGAUUAAAAGUUUAUUGAAACUGCUGGAAAAUCUUUUCAUUAAGGCUGGGAAUGUUUCUUCGCCACAGAAUCUUGAUAUGGGAUUAUUAACUUGGAUUUUGCUGUAUGCGUCGCACAUGAUUGAAACAAUUGCAGUUCAAAAUGAAUGUUUUAUGUCUGACAGCACUUCCGAGUCACAGUCUGGAACGAAUGCCUCAAAAUCUCAAGAAAAAGCCACGACCGAAGCAACAAAUGUCACAACCAUGACACCGCCCAUGGGAACCAAUGAAGCUGGAAUCUCAAAAGCUUUCAUAAGCACUUCAAAAACUACAACUGUACCAGGAUUGGCACCAAAUCCUAUCCUAAAUUUAAUGGGCCCGGAUGCAAUGACUGGUGGCAUCAUAAUGCCAUCCGAGGCACCUUCAACCAGUUCUUUGGCACCACCAAAAGCCAUGCCACCCAAGCCACCAACGAGCACAUCUAAAGAAUCAAAAUCGAAGAAUAGAUGGAAGUUUAUCACAGUAUCAGGCGACGAAGGAAAUAGGAAAUUGUCCGCUAGCUCUGGCUAUUUGAAGGUUCUUACUUCAAUGCAAGCUGUCCUCAAUCGUUUGAAAUUUCAUCGGGCCGAACUUGUCCGGCUUUUCGAAGAUAAGACUGCAUUGAUCAUAAGGUCGAAAACUAUGAAACAAGCCGGCAAACCUGAUGAACACAUACAAGCAGGAAUCGAAAAGUUAACUUCCAAAGCGAAUGAACAUUUACGAGGGAUUGUUGGUUUCAGAAGAGCUCUUGAUAGAAAGACUGUGCUACAUCAAUUGUUUAAAGUGAAACCAAGUGAUGGGCAAAAACAUUUAGGCGCCGAAAACUUACCAUGUCUGACAGAAUUCGUGAAUGUGUCUGUGGAUUCUUGUCGCAACGUUGUACGUAAUGUACUUGGUUUGCUGCUGAAAAUGGAUUUUAAUGUUCCUUCUGAUUUUGUAGUUCUAGCUUGCAAGCUUUCAAGUCAAUUGUGUCGUUGGUGCAGCUCUCAAUGUGUCUACAAUGCGCGUGAAAAGUCGCAGUCAGAGGGCGCUAGAGUUAUACCCCUUCCGCUAUUCGUUGCAGAACUUGUAUCACCUGACGAAAUGAGAAAAUUAAUUUUUUUAUCAACUGGGGGUACUCAAUAUGCAAAUUCGAAGGGGAAUUCCCAUGCUGGUUCCACUAUCUCACCAGGACCUUGGCCGAAUCACGCGAUUCUAAGUUUUCUACAAGACGCAAUCGAGUCAGAGAAUUUGGCGAUCGUGGCUUGUGAAAUGCAGCUAUACCCCAUCCAUUGGUUGAAGUUGCAAAAUUUAAGAAAGAGAAUGAUGAAUGAGGCUUUGGAGCAGAUGUCUGCAAGUACUUCUGAGGCAAAUACUUCUCAAACUUCUGCAAAACCGGAAGAAAUGGCAGAAAAUAUCAAAAACGCAGAAAAAUCAUCGGAACCCUCUGAUUUAAUCGAAGAAAGCGAAAUAAUUGAAGACAAAAAUGACGAACACGCUAAACGCUUGACUCUCGUUGACACCUACAUAUCAUCAGCUGAAGAGUUUAUUAACGAUAUUAAAAGAAUCAUGGUGCAACAUGGGGAGGACCCAGAUAUUGGGAGUGGAGGGGGAGGGGUGAAAAGUUCUGAUUCUGCUCCAUCUCCCAAGCUGAAGAAAACUGAUUCAUCGCCUUCACCGAAAGGCCAGGUUUACAAACAGAUGCGAUACAUAUCAAUCCUUCGUGCUGAGAUGGAUGGAAUUGACGUAAAAAUGAAAGUGAAAAAAUCUCCUCAAACCUCCUCAGUGGUUUUUGUCAAUAAUACCUCAACGAAUCCGAUGUCAUCAUUUUUAAAAGAAAUACGAUUGACCGAUGUUAAAACUGGGAAAAAAGGACAAAUGAACUCAACUGGAGCAAACAGACAGUUACUCUGUUCUCAUAUUUACGAUUCCAGAAAGAUUCAUGGUAUAUCGAGGCAAUGUGAAUUAAACCAGAAGUUAUGUACAAUGGGAUAUUUAAAACUGAUAUCAAAAUCCAUCACUAACCCUCCCACUAUGGUACUUGAAGAUGACAAACAUAUAGAAGAGAAUAUGGAUACUAAACCACAACCUGUACCGCCGUAUCCUCUGAAAACGUUUAAGAUGCUUCAGCAAUGCUUUCUGUCUAUAUUAGAUGAUUCAGAGUCUCACUCCGUUCAUUUGCCUUCAUUACUGGAACUGAUCAUGCUGUUACAGAACUGCUACAGAGACGUUAAACUUUCAAGUGAAUCAACUGAUUCAGAGCUCGUGCAUUUGCUGUCACUAAAGGGCACUAGAGCAUUGUUAUUGGCAGUCAACAGUAACUAUGGACACAAUUUCCAUAGCAACCCACAAAUUUGGAGCUUGGUAUUGAACCUCAUUGGACCACUUCUAGAAGGCCAUAACCGAAUAUACAGCAAACCAUUGAUUCUUCGUGAACUCUUGCAACCUGAAAUUGACCUUGUGCCAUUUUUUGUCAAUAUGCUUUCAUCCAAGAUGGCAGCAUCGAAUUCCAGCAGUCGUAGUUUCAAUCAGUCGAUAUCUUUGCUGGGAACAUCGACUUGUGAAAGUUUCACAAAAUUGCUUUCAACUUUCCACAACAUUGUUAUAGCUUGCAAAGAUAUUGAUAAAUCUCAUACGAGACAAAUUCCACAGCUUAUAGUUGAGUAUAAAGACAUGUUAUUGCUGACAUUAUCUGAACUUUGUCGUGUUGAUGCGAUGGGAUUUACGUCAGUAACUCCGUCCGAUGCACAAAUUGUUCUUGUGGAAGCGGUGCUUGAAAUUAUCACAAAUGAAAAAUGGGCCUGGGAAUUAAAAUUAUGGGAAAAAGACGUUGAAAUCCUUCUAAUGGUCAUUAAAAAUGUCACAGACAAUUCUUACAAAUAUCUUCAGUGGUCUGAGAUUGCUGUACAAGGGGAUUCUGAUCAAGGGGUCGACCCACGUUCAUGUAUGUCUGGAGCCUUAUCAAGCAUAUUAAACAACCCAACAUCCAGCAGUUUUCCAUCCAAGAUUGAAUCUCCAAGGGAUUCUUUAAUGUUAAAGUUGCUGAAACUCUGCUCUGAACUGGCUUGGUUUGUGGCGCCUCUUCAUCCUACUGCAAAUGUUUAUCGGACUGCUGUCUCCCAAAUGUAUGUGGAUCCGGCCUCCCCAGAAAGUGUUGAAAUGAUUGAUGAACAAAAUAAGGAAGAGUCGAUGGACGUAGAUAGCGAACAGCAAAAAAUGGACGUAGACGACGAGAAACCUACUGAACCAGUAAAAGUGGUGAAGAAGCCUCGUCCAUUCCGCACGGUUGCAGAUCAUAUCUUAGAAAACCAUGACAUGAUGGGAACGCUGCUGUCUAGUUUGGUUAUGUGCUCAGGAUCCUCAAUGUACUCAUUAUUCAGUGGUCGAGACAUCACACCCGGUGUUGUCAUAGAGAAAGCAGCUUCAUCUACUGGUGAUGGGGUGUAUGUGUUCUUGAGCGGACUAGUGGAAGCGACCACUGACUCUUCAACACCUUUGAAAGCUAUAUUGAGAUACAUGAGCAAUGGAGAAUUGGUGGAUGGAAAAUAUGUCUCUGCAGAGGACUCUAUUUCUCCAACUUGUCAGUUAUCAAUGCCACUGUUAUGGUUUCUCCUUUCCGUACUCGAUACUUCAGAAAAUGUGAGCAAGUUCUGUGCACUAGGUGGAGCUAGACUAAUCGCUGAUUCACUUGUAGCCUCUGCUAAAGAGACGAUUGACCAAACACAUGGGCAGACUUCAGAGGUUCUUCGUUAUUUGACAGCGGCAUCAGAUAGAGCAACAGCUUUUGCUCCCCGUGCUCCUGUUGUUCUACAUAAUGAUUCUGUGUGGCCUGGGUUGCCAGGUUCCGCGGGGAAAACUGUUCAAAAAAUCACAACUGGCAGUCAAGGAUUCAAUUAUGCCCCUGUGAUACCAUCUGGCAACCCUGGUGUUAAAGUACUGACAAGUCCUUGGAAAGAAAAUAAAGAGUUUGAUUUUGCAGCUGUUGCAACAAUAAACUGCUCUGAUACUGCCUCCCAGCCUGCUGAUUCACUCCUGAAACCAAAAGCUCUUCACAGACGUUCCAGAUCUCCAUCAUGGUCUUAUCAUUUUCCUACAAAGAGCCAUUGGGUGUCACUACAGCUUAAUUUUCCGACUGCCUUCAUUUUGAAAAGUGUGAAACUUAUACCUAUGACAAUGUCACUAUCAACUACGCCAUCUGCAGUGAUGUUAGAGACAAAUCGUACAGGCUCAGAAACUACUCCAUAUAUACCGAUAUCUGUCCCUCUCGCUACAAACGGACUCAGUCAAAUUAUUAUCAGCCCUCCAUCUGAUCUCGUUGUGGCUUCUCUGAAGAUUCACAUGAAAAGACCAGUGGACUCAUCUUCUAUUGGUCUGACCAGAAUAAUUGUCAACGGCGUUCCAAACUUCAUGAACUAUUCUUCGUCUUCUGGAAAUUCUGGCAACAAACUCAUCAACGAUGCUCUCGGACCUUUGAAUCAAACUUUUGAUCGACGAUCUACCAUGAAUUGGUUGAGACUUCUGCAUCAUUGCUUGACCAUUGAUGUUGCAAUUACACCUAAGCUCAACAAUGUCAUUCUUGAGGUCCCAGGUUUGAUUCCCACCCUGUGUGCCAUUCUACACCAGCCCAUCAUACCAAUGCACCAAACAGCUGUGGAAAUGGUUUUGCUUCAGUCUGGAACUUCAGAAAAAAUUUCGGAAUUGAUUAAUUGUAUCUUGAGAGGAUCUUCUGGCACAAGCCAUUUUCUUGGAGGUUUGUCUAAUGAAGCAACAGAGUCUUCUAUCAACCUGAUUUAUUCUUUGUGUAAAAAUCGAACAGGAGAUAUUGAGUUGAGAUUAUCAGAAAUGUUGAAAUGGGUUUCGGACUGUUUUCUGCUUUCCAACCCAGAGGUCAUGAGUUUGAAUCCCCCCACUGCCAAUUUCCAACACAUACAUGCUAUAGCUUGUGGCUUAUGGUCAUGUACAGGUACAGCUGACGCCAAGGAUUGUGCAAAUUUGGAACUAACAAGAACUAUAUAUCAGUGGGCUCAGUCUCUACAGUCAAGCCAGUCCUCUUCUCUCUCAACUGGAUUUUCGAAUUCAUCUUCAUUGAAAAACUCAUUGGAUUGGUUGCUAUGCUGUUUAUGUCAUGUCAACAUGGAAAAUUAUGAAGCCGUAUUGAAAGAAAUGGGUUUAAACAAUAUGGAUACAACGCGGCUCCCAUUGUCUUCAGGACAGAUCAAGACAUUGACUAUUGUAUCACAGACUCCAGAAUGUAUAAAGAUACUGGGGAACCAAUUAAUUGUGCAAGCAUUAUCGAACGGACUUCAAAAAUUCUGUCAUCGAGUGUUGGAAGUGUAUCAAAUAAACACAGCUUCAAUUCAGAUGACCUUUGACCUGGCCUCUGACCUCAUACUGGAAGUGAAUGUACAUAACGUGAUUGCAGUCAUCAACUUCUUCAGUGACCUCUGCAAUCUCCACAUUAUACAAGACUUUCUCGGAUCAGAUCAAGGCAUGAAAACAUGGCAGACAUUACUGACAACACUGCAUCAAGUUAUGUUGGUUUCAAACAGACAAAAUCUUUUGAGUACUCCUUCAUCAAGAUUGCCUCGCUAUCUCCUUUUGGAAUUGCAAGAAUCAACUAUAUGUUUACUGAAGCAAGUCACAAAAUGCAACGCUCGAAAUCAACAACUUUUCACUAAGACAUUAUGUGAUAUUGUCAGUCUCAACUCUGACAACACUGAAAAUCUUGGUCAAUUGACCGGCUUCGUACGCUCUCUGCUACUUCGUGUGGUGCUUGAAGAUGAACAAUACAUCGUUAACUUGAUAUCAGGAACGGGACAGAAACCACAAAAAGGACAAAGUAACAGCCUAACAAGUGGAAGUUCUACUCUACAUCAUCCAAUGUUUGCAACAGGACACAUGACCAGGACAUUUGAAGUUGGGGUCAGCAGUACAAUGAAGGAUAUAUGGUCCAUGGCUUCAGAUGCUCCAUUGGUGAUUGACAGAAUCCAAAAUAAACUGACAUCAGAUAGAAAGCAAAGUAAUUUGGGAACAACUGACAAUAAAAAGCCUGUUGCAACGUUCACACAACACCCAGGAAUGGCCAUGUCAUCCUAUGCCAGUGUGUUGAAACCUCAAACCCCAGCAACCAAGAUUGCUAAAGAACUGAACAAUGCCAAAGACUUCAUUGAUGUCUUAAUCAGCGGACAAAAUGCUCAAAAGAAAAGAAAACCUAAGACUGGCCAAUCUCAUAAAGAGGAACAGGCUUCAACACCAGAACCUACCAAGUUUGGAAUUCCAUAUGUCAGAUUGAAAUGUCCUUCACUUGACCUUGAGAAAUUGGAUGAUGAUGUGACAUUGUUGCAAGUUAUAUCUUGGCAAAAGGUCUGUCAUAAAAUAUUCCCCAUAUCUCACAAAAGUAUCAUUGCAUGGAUGUCCACAAACAGAACAUACUCGAUUGCCUAA